CGACCCGUUGACGUUCGCAGACUUCCAAUGGAUGCUCGUUCCCCCAACCGGUCGAUUGCUGAACCGUAUUGCAACGUGCUCAAGGCACAAUUGCGGGAUUACUUGCACACUGCAAUACCAACUCCGUUGAUGGACGUCGGAGUAGAGGUUGUUGACCUUCACGACUAUGUUGCGAAGAUCGACCGCGAGUUCAAGACACAACGUCCGAGUUUGGACGACCAUGUGGAGCAUGUACGCACCAUUUUGGAACGGCUACAACAAGCCAAGUACAAAGCCAACCACGACAAAUGCGAAUUCGCGCGACAAGAGUUGGAGUACUUGGGACAUUAUGUGACGCCGCAACGCAUCCGUCCACUUGCAGACAAGAUCGAGGCCAUCCGCGUAUGGCCCGAGCCCACCAACACCACAAACGUUCGCUCAUUCAUGGGGUUGGCGGGCUACUAUCAACGCUUCAUCACCGGGUACUCAAGGAUUGCCGCAUCUAUGACGAGAUUACAAUCGCCAAAGGUGCCAUUCGUAUUUGAUGACGACGCACGCCGAUCAUUCCAAGCACUCAAGACGACCAUGCUCAUGGCAUCCGUCCUUAGCAUCUACGACCCCACCCCGCCAACGAGCGUGACAACUGAUGCUUCCGGCUAUGGCAUUGGGGCAGUCUUGGAACACCACGACGAUGACGAGUGGCACCCCGUGGAGUAUUUCAGCCACAAAGUGCCUCCCAUCAAUUCACUUGAUGAUGCAAGGAAGAAGGAGCUGCUCACGUUCGUGGUGGCUCCCAAGCGAUGGUGGUACUUCCUCCUUCGGCGUCGUAGGUUCACAUGGGUCACGGACAACAACCCGUCGACCUACUACAAGACGUAGGAUAUGGUGAGCAACACGAUCGGACAAUGGAUGUA